AUGGAAGAGGAGAGCAUUGCGUUGGAAUCGUGUAGUGGGUGGCAUGGUGCACGUCCCAUACAUUCCUUGAAAUCGUUAGAAUGGUUAUUGUGGGAAGAAAGGCAGCGUAUAAUUCACAUCCGUCACGCAAGAAAUGGAGGGGAAAUGAGCAUUCGCCUAGCUGGUCACACUCAUCACGUCGAUGGAUAUGACGAACAGUCACGCACAUGUUUUGAGUUUCAGGGAUGUUUAUUUCACGGUUUUCGUACCUGCUUCCCUGACAGAAAACAAGUACCACACAGUGCCAUGGGUCUUACAGUGGGGGCAUUACUAAGACGUACACAACAGAAACUCAAAGCGUUGCGUGACGCCGGCUAUACCGUCAUCGAGAUGUGGAAAUGCAAAUUUGAUGCUCUGAAAAAACAAGAUGAAGAGUGCCGAAAUUUUGUGACGAAUUUAAAUCUCGUGUCCCCGCUAGAACCGCGCGAUGCAUUCUUUGGAGGAAGAACUGGGGCUGUGGCGCUUCAUCAUCGCGUGUCUGACAGCGAACAGAUUCGUUACGUCGAUGUGACGAGCGAAUAUCCAUGGGUAAAUAAAAAUGGGCUAUAUCCCCUGGGUCAUCCCGUCAUCUUGUACGAACUAGAAAACCAAGACCCAUCCGUCUACUAUGGUCUCCUAAAAGUCGACGUGUUACCUCCAGCCGAGUUGUUUCAUCCCUUCCUGCCGUACAGGCGCAAGAUGAGUUCUGGUUCGUACAAGUUCACCUUCCCCUUAUGCGCCAAGUGGGUGGAAGUAGAAAGUGUGAAACCUAUGCUGGCGAGAUCUUUUACAUGUUCUCAUACAGACACCGAGCGCUGUUUGCGAGGUACGUGGUGUUCCCCUGAUUUAAAUAAGGCCAUAGCACUUGGGUAUAGAGUCCUACGCAUACAUGAAUUAUGGCAUUUCAGAUCAAAACAGGAGAGUGCUGGAUACCCCGCCUGGUGUGAAAACGAAACAGAUCGUGCCCGAUAUGUACAGGACUACCACCAAAAAGAAGGAAUCGAGUUAGAUCCAUCAAAAAUUGCUAAAAAUCCCGGACAAAAAGCCGUCGCAAAACUCAUGUUGAAUUCGUUUUGGGGGAAAUCUGGUCAGCAAACGAACAAAUCUGGCACGACCCAAUUGAGUGAAGCCCGCGAUUUGUUAGACCUACUCGAUGACCCAUUAGUGAACGUGCAAGACAUCAGAAAUUUGUCACCGGAAAUUGUCGAAGUAGUGACCCAGCGCGACGCCUCCGAUCGAGUGAAAGGCAUGACAACCAACAUAUUCAUUGCCGCUUUUACAACAGCCAUGGCGCGGUUAAAAUUGUAUGAAUCUUUGGAAACGGUACAGCAGCAAGUGCUCUAUUACGACACGGAUUCCGUGGUCUAUCGCUGGAAACUGGGAGAUCCUGAAAUCCCACUUGGCGAUCAUUUAGGAGAGAUGACGAAUGAAUUAGACGACGGAGAUUAUAUCCAAGAAUUUAUCAGUGCCGGCGCCAAGAAUUAUGGGUAUCGAACCCAUCUCGGACACGUGAGUACAAAAGUCAAAGGCUUUUCACUAAACGUCCGAGGGAAAAAACAACUAAAUUUUCAAGUGUUGAAGAACAAUGUUUUAGAAGAACUCAUUGAACGCGGGCACGUCGUGACUCAGAUACAUAACCCCGUGCAUUUUGUCAGAGAUCCCGUGGCGAAAAGAAUUAGAACCGAGCAGCAAACAAAAUCCUAUCGAUUAGUCUUUGACAAACGGGUUUUAGGGGAGGGGAAAAGCUUUCCUUAUGGCUAUCAAAUUUGUACAUAG